CCACCCCCACCAGGCACAAUACUACCGAUCGACCAUGGUUGUUAUAUGAUGAAAGAGAGAAGAGAGAGAAUGGAAGGGGAGCAAGGUCAUCCGCACACAUCAAAAAUAUGGUUGGAAGACAUUUCAAAGGGUUUACUUCGUGAACUGGAUGCCAUAAGUCUAGGCGGCCUUCACAUCCAGCAUGUGGAGAAAGGUCUCAUCCGCUGUAAAUUCCUCAUCCCAAAACACCUCUCAGACAAAGAUGGAAAUUGGCACGCCGGAGCAAUAGCAGUGCUAGUAGACAGCAUCAGCAUUGCUGCUGCAUUCUCCGCCAAUGGACGCGUUGGCGUCUCUGUGAAUUUCGACAUCUCUUACUUUUCAGCGGCCAAGAUUCAUGAAGAAGUGGAGAUAGAGGGGAAGGUUGCUGGGCAUAAGGAUAAACUGGCAAUGGUUAUGGUAAGAAUAGGAAAGAAAGGAAGCGGAGAGAUGGUUGCUUUAGCUAAGCAAUGGGUGUCUUCAACUUCUAUAGGAUUAGGAAUUACUCUAGGGUCAAGCAAGCUCUAACUUUAUAUGAUCCGAUAGAAGUUAUUUUUUCCGUUACUCUUGGGAAAGUUAAGUCAUGAUGCGUUGUAAGUGGCAACUGUUUUUGGUUCUUUUGUAAUUACCCAUUUGCUUUGAGCUAUAUUGAUGUUCGAAAGAAUUGCUCUCAGAGUGCAAGAAGUUUCUCUACUCUGCAUAUAUAUUAAGAAUUUGGAUUCUGAUUA